AUGGCCUGUGCUUUACCUGAAAGUGCUUUACCUGAAAGUGCUUUACCUGAAAGUGCUUUACCUGAAAGUGCUUUACCUGAAAGUGCUUUACCUGAAAGUGCUUUACCUGAAAGUGCUUUACCUGAAAGUGCUUUACCUGAAAGUGCUUUACCUGAAAGUGCUUUACCUGAAAGUGCUUUACCUGAAAGUGCUUUACCUGAAAGUGCUUUACCUGAAAGUGCUUUACCUGAAAGUGCUUUACCUGAAAGUGCUUUACCUGAAAGUGCUUUACCUGAAAGUGCUUUACCUGAAAGUGCUUUACCUGAAAGUGCUUUACCUGAAAGUGCUUUACCUGAAAGUGCUUUACCUGAAAGUGCUUUACCUGAAAGUGCUUUACCUGAAAGUGCUUUACCUGAAAGUGCUUUACCUGAAAGUGCUUUACCUGAAAGUGCUUUACCUGAAAGUGCUUUACCUGAAAGUGCUUUACCUGAAAGUGCUUUACCUGAAAGUGCUUUACCUGAAAGUGCUUUACCUGAAAGUGCUUUACCUGAAAGUGCUUUACCUGAAAGUGCUUUACCUGAAAGUGCUUUACCUGAAAGUGCUUUACCUGAAAGUGCUUUACCUGAAAGUGCUUUACCUGAAAGUGCUUUACCUGAAAGUGCUUUACCUGAAAGUGCUUUACCUGAAAGUGCUUUACCUGAAAGUGCUUUACCUGAAAGUGCUUUACCUGAAAGUGCUUUACCUGAAAGUGCUUUACCUGAAAGUGCUUUACCUGAAAGUGCUUUACCUGAAAGUGCUUUACCUGAAAGUGCUUUACCUGAAAGUGCUUUACCUGAAAGUGCUUUACCUGAAAGUGCUUUACCUGAAAGUGCUUUACCUGAAAGUGCUUUACCUGAAAGUGCUUUACCUGAAAGUGCUUUACCUGAAAGUGCUUUACCUGAAAGUGCUUUACCUGAAAGUGCUUUACCUGAAAGUGCUUUACCUGAAAGUGCUUUACCUGAAAGUGCUUUACCUGAAAGUGCUUUACCUGAAAGUGCUUUACCUGAAAGUGCUUUACCUGAAAGUGCUUUACCUGAAAGUGCUUUACCUGAAAGUGCUUUACCUGAAAGUGCUUUACCUGAAAGUGCUUUACCUGAAAGUGCUUUACCUGAAAGUGCUUUACCUGAAAGUGCUUUACCUGAAAGUGCUUUACCUGAAAGUGCUUUACCUGAAAGUGCUUUACCUGAAAGUGCUUUACCUGAAAGUGCUUUACCUGAAAGUGCUUUACCUGAAAGUGCUUUACCUGAAAGUGCUUUACCUGAAAGUGCUUUACCUGAAAGUGCUUUACCUGAAAGUGCUUUACCUGAAAGUGCUUUACCUGAAAGUGCUUUACCUGAAAGUGCUUUACCUGAAAGUGCUUUACCUGAAAGUGCUUUACCUGAAAGUGCUUUACCUGAAAGUGCUUUACCUGAAAGUGCUUUACCUGAAAGUGCUUUACCUGAAAGUGCUUUACCUGAAAGUGCUUUACCUGAAAGUGCUUUACCUGAAAGUGCUUUACCUGAAAGUGCUUUACCUGAAAGUGCUUUACCUGAAAGUGCUUUACCUGAAAGUGCUUUACCUGAAAGUGCUUUACCUGAAAGUGCUUUACCUGAAAGUGCUUUACCUGAAAGUGCUUUACCUGAAAGUGCUUUACCUGAAAGUGCUUUACCUGAAAGUGCUUUACCUGAAAGUGCUUUACCUGAAAGUGCUUUACCUGAAAGUGCUUUACCUGAAAGUGCUUUACCUGAAAGUGCUUUACCUGAAAGUGCUUUACCUGAAAGUGCUUUACCUGAAAGUGCUUUACCUGAAAGUGCUUUACCUGAAAGUGCUUUACCUGAAAGUGCUUUACCUGAAAGUGCUUUACCUGAAAGUGCUUUACCUGAAAGUGCUUUACCUGAAAGUGCUUUACCUGAAAGUGCUUUACCUGAAAGUGCUUUACCUGAAAGUGCUUUACCUGAAAGUGUUUUACCUGAAAGUGUUUUCUCCAAUUUAGUGUUCUGA